GAAAAUAAAAAAAGAUACACUUGCGUCUUCACGAAGAUCACUUACCGGGAGCGGCCAACUGUUUGGACUUUGGAGUUUGGAGUGCUUUGGUUGAUAAGACUUAUACAUACUUCGGCGUCGGAUUCACUUUCCCAAACGUUUCCGGUAGUGGUGACGUGAAGGCACUGAGCUGAUAAUCUGUAGCAAUGCGUGUAGUCGGUUAUACUGCUGAAGUUACUGGUCUACCUCCAAAUGUGACGGAGAAGGAGAUUCAUGAAUUCUUCUCUUGUUGUGGUAAAAUUGAGAACCUGGAAAUUUUCAGGUAUGGAGAUCAAAUAUGUACCGCAUACGUUACUUUUAGAGGUUCUCAUGCGCUAGAAACUGCUGAAUUGCUCAGUGUAAGACUCUUUCCAGUAUCAUAUAUAUUGAGAUAUGAGGCUCAUUUUUGAGGGCGGUCUUCUUUUGGCAACAGAUAGACCACAAACUAUCUCUCUCUUAUUAUUUUUUUAUGAAUUUAUGGAAGAUUAUAUGUUGUAUUAUCGGUGUUAAUAAACUUUUGCAUUCAUGGAAGCUUGUGUAUUCAGACAUGAUUAAGUGAGUGAAAUUUGAGACUUUUGCUCGAGGGGAAGCUUUUCUUAAGAUGUGGAAGUUCAUAAAAAUAAUUAAUUCUUAACUUUUGCCUGGAAAGGAUGCUGAUUUGUGUUCUUUUGGGAGUGAUGAAUAUGCUAUCGGGUAAAGACUCAUAUGGUAACUUCACUUUUAUAUGCUACUUGAUUCAAUCCCUAAACUGUUAUGCUCAUUUGACUCAUAUCUCUAGUCAUCCUUGUCAUAUUGGAAUGCAGACCUGGAUGUACAUUUUUCUGGGAAAUCCUCAUCUUGUAGCUUGGAAUGAUUUUGUUUGUCAUUGGCUCGAGGGUCUGAAUCCAGAGUAGCGGAAACAGUAUAUUCAGAUAUCGAUUUUGUAUACCAAAAAUAAACAAAAAUUCCUAGAUAUGCAUUAUUUCCAGAGAUGCCAAGCCUAACUCAAGUUCCAUAUCGAAACUUAUGCAAGUAAAAAUUCUGUUGGUGGAGUUUAUAAUCUGUUAUAUUAUACUAAGAGAGAAACCAGAGAGAGGAUAACUGGUAGCCCCUGCAUUUAGCAUAUAAGUGUUCUUGUCCAGGCAUUGGAGACUAAUUUUAAAAAGCUCUUCAUUACUCAUAUCUUUUAAUUUGUUUAGGAUGCUGAUAAAUGUUCUUAUAUUAUUAUGAUAAUGAAGCAGAUACACUGCUUCCUUCAGAUACAAGUUGCAGCUUAGUAUUACUGUCCAUUUUAGGGUACUGAUCUCGAUCAACUAAUUUAAAGAAUUGUUUUCCUCAAUGGUGUUUCAGGGAGCUAGUAUUGGAAACCGAUGUGUUUCAAUAUCCCGUGUCGAAACAUCUGUGGACGAGUCUAUUCCCCAGACAUCCAUGGAUGAGUUUGUUCCUGAGAAUGAGUAUUUGUCAAAUUUUGAUACAGUGUCGAGCUCAAAUGCCUCCCAGAUGCAUCGUUCUGUAUCUACUCCUGGAGAAGCUGGCACCGGGGUUCAACAAGUGGUCACAUCUCUGAUGGCCAAGGGUAAGGAGGCAUUUAUUAUAGCCAAAGCUUUGGACGAGUCCUAUCAAGUCUCAUCUACAGCAGCCACAAAGGUUGGGGAGCUCAGCGACAAGUUAGGUCUCACCAGUAAAAUCAAAUCAGGCAUGGAGGUCGCCAAGUCUAUAGAUAAAAAGUAUCAUGUCUCCAAUACAGCCAUGACUGCUGCAUCAGCAACCGGAAGAAAAGCCGUUGCGACAGCAAAUGCCGUGGUCAGCAGUAGUUACUUCUCCAAGGGAGCUCUUUGCGUCGCAAGCGUGUUGGACCAUGCGGCCAGAGCCGCAGCUAAUUUAGGUCAAAGAGGCGCGCCGAAAUGAAAGCCGGCAUAUUGAACUCAUCCUUGUUUUAAAGGUGUAAUCACUACUACCACUGAUCUUAGGUUAAGGUUAUUGAUGAUGAUGAUAUAGAAACAGAGUUGUGGUUGUACUUAGAAAGGCUUGCUGUGUGUUCGAAAACGUAUAUUUUAAUUUUAUAGCUUCUGUAGACUGGACCAGAGUCAAUGUAAGGGGAAUCAUCUUUCGUGGCUUGGAAUUCGGAAUCAGUGGGAAAGAUCAUGUUCUUCACAUAUUUCCAACAGGUCAAGAUUCUCUUACGUUGGACCAUACUAUUCCGGGCUUCAUAUGCUACUAGGUUUCAGGUUCUCACGACGUAGGAUGUGCCUGCAGGAACUACGGCGUUUGGGUCCCUUUGAUUUGAAUUCAUCCCAUUGUUAAAUUAAUGUAGUCUCUCUGUCCCUUAAUUAUUGUCCAAUCUGAAAUUUCACUUUUAGUUUAAUUUGAACUAAAAAUAAAAUCACAAAUUGGACAAUAAUUAUGGGAUGGAGGGAGUAAGAAAGAACGGUCGGUUUUUUAUUAAAGUGGAGUGGGUGGAAGAACAAUUUCGUUCAACUAAUCUCGGCAGACACGCUGUCCGUGACUCGCUUUAAGCGUAGAACUAGACUGACUAAUUAAAGUGUCCUUAUUGUUUGAAUUAGUCAAAAUUAAGAUUGUGGUAAGCCGGUAAUUUGCGUUUGAAGGAAGGAGCAAAUGAAUGCAAAACGAAUGCGCCAUUUGUAAUUUCUUCCUUCCGGAAUGGUGAUAGAUAUUGCCCGCCCCCACCCCACCCUUCUCUUCAUUAGCC